AUGGCGGCCUUCGCGCGGCUAUUCACUCUGCCAAACCUUACUCUAGCAGCAACCUUCGAGUCGCUCGUCCUUAUCAAGUUCCUUGGAAAUCGCAUCACUGAGAUUUUCCCACAAUUUGACGCAGACAACCACUUAGGGAUCGUCGGUGUUGUUUUUGCAGCCAACUAUGUAUUUGGAUUGUUCUUUUGGGGAUUGGUAUAUCCCAGACUACUGAGUCCUUUGAGACAUAUUCCCGGCCCACGAUCCGUGAUCAGUGCAGCCCAUCGCUCUCUACUAGUGGUUGAUAGGCCGCCUGGGGAUUUAUUCCUCGACAUUGUUAAGAAGUAUCCCGGCGAGGAACUGCUGAGCCUGACCACCUUGGACAGCCAGAUCCUUGUGGCUAAACCACGGCUUCCGGCGGAUGUCCUCGUGCACAAAGCCUACGACUUCGUUAAACCGCCCAACAUCAGCGGGUUCUUGCGCUAUAUUCUCGGCGAUGGGCUCAUCGUGGUCGAGGGCGACCAGCACAAGUUCCUGCGCAAGAGCACAAUGCCCGCCUUUAGCUUCCGCCACAUCAAGGACCUGUACCCAGUCAUGUGGGAGAAGGCCGUGCUCAUGACCAGUCUCAUCCAGGAGGAGGUUGCCAACGGCGUCUCGGAGAAGGGCGAGGAUUCUCAAAUCAUUGAAGUCUCGCCCUGGGCCAGCAAAGCGACUCUCGACAUCAUUGGUGUGGCCGGCCUGGGGCGCGAGUUCAAUAUGCUGAGGCGGUCCGCAGACCCUCUGCUCGAUGUAUACGAGGAGCUGCUCGAACCUGCGCCCGAGAAGCUUCUUUUCUCUGUGACCUCAUUUGUCUUUGGCAUUCGUUUCGUAAAACUAUUGCCUUGGAAGAUGAACAACUUGUUCAAUUAUCUCUCGCAACGCCUCAACGAGAUUUGUAUGCCAAUGAUGAAGCAAAAGAAGACAAUGAUUGAGAAGUCAAAAGAUGGCAAUUUCGAUGUCUUGUCUCUUUUGAUCAAGUCGGGUAACUUUACUGAUAGUGAGCUCAAAGACCAGCUCUUGACCUUUCUAGCGGCUGGACACGAAACCACUUCUUCCGCCUUUACUUGGGCUUGCUAUCUCCUGGCCAAGCACCAGGAUCUGCAGCAAAAGCUACGCGACGAAGUCUGCGAGGCUUUCAAGGGCCAGGAAGUCAACGACCAAUCAACAGACCUGGGCUCCCUCCUCGAGCCGCUGCCCUACCUCAAUGGCGUUAUGAACGAGACGCUGCGCCUUUACCCCACGGUACCCAUCACCAUGCGCCAGGCCGUCCGCGAUUCCAAUGUCGGCGGGCAGCCCAUCCCCAAGGGCGUCACGCUCAUUCUUUCCAUGUGGCAGAUGAACAGGUCGCCCGAGGUCUGGGGCGACAAAGCCGGCCAAUUCUGCCCGGAGCGCUGGAUCACGGCCGGCAAGCCAAACACCAACGGCGGCGCCCAGAGCAACUACGAGUUCCUGACCUUUCUGCACGGGCCCCGGAGCUGCAUCGGUCAGGGCUUUGCCAAGGCCGAGAUGCGCUGUCUGCUGGCGUCCAUGAUUCGGACCUUUUCCUGGGAGUUGGCGAUGGAUGAGGCUAAAAUUCUUCCGAGAGGUGUCAUUACUAUCAAGCCGGCGCAUGGGCUAUAUAUCAAGUUGAAGCCGCUUAGUGAGUAG